AUUCUUACCAUUAGAAAAGCACAAAGCACACUGCCUACCGGUACUACGCUGUCAUUGCUUCGAAGAGGUUGGUGUCAUCGAGGUUGUUGAAGGAAGCGUCCCUGAGGAGUACAACGCAACAACUCGGUACCGGAAGUGGCGCCCUGUGUGUUAGAUAGAUGUUCAAAGAGAGAGACUUCGAGAGAGAGCAGAUCGAGAAAGAGAGUUUGUCAUUAUUUUGAAAAAACAUCAUGGCUCCUCCAGGUACGUCCAAGUCCAAGUCGCCUCGCUACAAAAGUAGCACUACCGGUACUCGGAGGCGACGGCCAAGAACAUCAUCAGAUUCAGUAUUAUCGUCGGACGACGAUGUUGUUGAGAUUCUGGACUUUCCCUAUGGCAAUCGGUCUUUACGUGAGAACACCCAACGAAAAACUCGACACAGAAACAACCGUCAGAAAGGAGUUGAAACCAAUUCUUCUGCUGCUUCUGAUGGAGUAGCUGCGAUCCCAGCCGCCCGAAGACAAAGAAACAACAAUCAAAAUCACAAUGAUGACUCCUCAUCUGAGUCCUCGGUUUCCCUCCCUUCCAGAAGAAGGAGGCGUCGGCAACACCUCAAUCGGGGUGCCACCAAAACAACAGGACUUUCUUUAAAUGGCAGUGCUGUCUCACGCGGUCUCAGUCGCAGCCGCACUAUGCCACAUCCUCCACUCAACAACAAUUUUGCCUUGACUGCACCAGGAACCCAAGAUGAACCAGUUGAAUUGGAGGAUGAAGUACCUGUGGUGACCACGCGUGGGAAACAUCUAACGACGCCUCAGAGAACUGCUGCAGCUACAAAAGACGAUCCGAUUCCUCUAUUGGAGAGCAGUGAUUCUGAGAUGGAGGCAAUGAUACAAGAGGCUAUUAUUGCUUCUAUGAAAGACCGACAAUCUUUUCGAAAAAGCACGGGCACAUCUGUUUCAACCAGGACAAGGUCCACCGGCAGGCAAACAAACAACAGUAAGCGCCGAAAGACAAUGGAACCGGAGUUGCAUUUGCCCCGCAGUAGAACGUCGCCGAAGCCGUCCAAAACGACAAGCAAUCUGGAUAAAAAGCCAGCCGCAAAGCUCCCUUCAAAGCCGGACAUUGGUAAACCCACAGCCCAGAAAAAGGAGGGUAACGAUUCAAGCACGAAACCAGCUAUUCUGAAUACUGUCAAUAGAACAAACCCAAAGACCGAUGGGACAAAGCAAGCCAAUCCACCUGGUGGCAACAAUCCACCAGUACACAAUGCAUCCAAUGGUAGAGCACGGGCAGCCAAACCCGGUGAGACCAAUGAUGUUUCAUCACACAGAGCCGCCAUGCCAAUUCGAGACAAGGUUGACUCUGAAUCAGCUGUCGCGGUCGACCAAUUAGAGAAGAGGGUUACUCGAAGCCAUCGUACCAGCGGCUUGAAGGAAGACAAUACAAGCAGCUCACAAAAAUUCACAAAUGGCGCAUCCAACAAGAAGAGUGACAUCAAGAUUGAAGAGAGGACCGUUGACGAUCACUCCAUUGGGGAUAAAACAAAUACUAGUAGUGUGAUGAAACUCGAAGCGAAGACCACUAUCAAGCAAGACCCUGAAGGAUGCAUGUCUCCUAAGAAAAGGAAGCACAAGAAGUUCCCGAUGAAAUCCAAAGACCUGGGUGGUUGUGUUCAGGUGGAACGAGGUAUCGGAUCAUUUCCGGCGCGCAUUGUUCUGGACGAGCAUGCAAACGAGCUUAGUUUAAACGCUGGUUUUGUGUUUGUGCAAUGGAGCGACAGCCAGGAGCGAGAAGAAGUAUCAAGACGCAGUAUUCGGUAUGAUCUGGCGGUCGAUAGCGACGCCUCAGCUUCGACAACAGGUACUCGUCGAUCCACACGGCGACGGACCCAACCCAAAACGCUGCAAGGCUUUGCCAAGCUUGAAGAAGUCUGCGAGGUCAACGCUCAAAAGUCUGGUUCAUCGCCAAGUGUUGGAAGGCCCGUAGGAGCACGGCUUAAAUCCGAGAACGACGAGGCGAACAAGAAGCAAGCCCAGUCGAAACGCAAUCCACAGCAGCCUAGGAGUAGUGCGCAACCAGUUGCCAAGCCCAUGGCCAGAAAGCGGGAUGAGUCCGGAAACCGGAUCGAUAGUGCUUCGUGCAAUGGCAAUCAAAACCCCGCUGAGAACCAUUCGUCCAAAGCGCGACGAGCAAAGAAGCCCCACGUCAAUGACCCUGACGCAGUGAGACCUCGACCUCGACCAAAACCGAAAGUCAGCAGGUACAUGAAGGCUCCCACGAAGCCAAAAUAUGUUCGUCCUGCCAGACCAGAGAUUGGCAGCAUGGUGUGGUUAGUACAGGAUGCGAUGUUUCGGAAUCCAUGCGUUCGUGCUGAGGAGCUUUAUGAGCGACGACGCGCACAGGUUGUUGGGGAGUCUGUCUUUGCCUUCACGAGUCCUCACGAACGUUCGCUUCAGCUUCAAUGUCUAGACACCGGUGACUUUUGGUAUGCCCGAGAGUCUGAUGUGAUAACUCCUGUUCUUUGGGAUGAUCAAGAUCAGUUGGAACAGUCGAGUGACAAUCAGAGCUAAACCCAUCAUUAUUAAUUCGAAGGGUACGACUCUAUUUCAGAUACCUGCUUGAGAGAUGCGGUAAUUAUAUGCAUCCGCUACGCUUCUCAACAAGCAUUUAGGUAUCGAUGACAAAUGUUAGCUAGAAACUUGCUGUAUUGUAGUAACAGUUGGUAGUUUUUAGUUACUACGUGAAGC